UCAUUAGUUAUGGGCGCACAUUUGGCAAAACAUGGAGAUGGCGUGAAAGAUGUUGCUUUUGAUGUUGAAAAUUGUGUUGGAAUUUUUAAAGUAAGAAUUUGUUUUUGCAAUUGUUGAAAAAUUCAGUCUUUUCGAGCAAACAUGUAUUGUCAAUUUUUUUUUCAUCCAGGCGGCUGUGAAUCGUGGAGCUCAGGUUGUCAAAGAACCGUGGGAAGAAUCAGACGAGAAUGGCAAAGUGAUAUUUGCAUCUAUACAAACAGUAUGUGGAGAAGUUUUAAAUUUUGAAUGAUGAUAUUUGAGACCUGGAAGUGACAAAUUAAAUGUCUAAUAUGAGCUUCUAAUUACGGUAAUUUAUUUUAAAGUAUGGUGAGGUUUGUCACACGUUUGUGGAAAGAAAGGAUUACAAAGGCAAUUUUCUGCCUGGGUACAAGAAACCAGCAUUUGAAGAUCCACUUCUUAAAACCUUGUAAGUGUUUGAAUCUAAUUAGUUCAGCAACGUCAGCGAGUCAUUUAGGAAUUUUAUUAGCGAUUUUUGGAUCUUUUUCGAGGUGUAUGAGAUUAUUUUGGGAGCGAUAUACACACCAUGAUCUACACUAGACAGGCAGGCCUCGAAUUUCCCUGAAAUCAAUCGACGGCAAUGGCAUUAAAAAUUGCUGUAGCUAGAACGUAACAGCUGUCUACGGUAAUUUUGGCAGUUUCCACGGCAUUUUUCAAAUUACUGUAAUAAAACUUUAAUUUUAUUGUCACUUUGGAUUUUUGACAAACUAGAAACAUGUCUACGUAUUUCUUUAGUGUUUUUUUUUUUCGAAGAAACUGGGACUAAAAUAGUGAUUUACGCAUGAUUUGAUCAACAUCUGAAUUCAAGUAUCGAAGUAGUAAUGCACAGUGAAUAGUAUAAAACUCGCACUAUACGGCAAAAGAUUGCCGUCGUUGCCGCAAUCAUCCACGGCAUUUUGUUCUCCCUCUACGGCAAUUGCCGCAAUUGCCACGUGCGAUAAAAUUCGAGCCCUGCUGCCCAGUGCUGGACGCCACAUUUGAGAUAGUCUUCAUAUUUCUUUAUAGGCCUCCAAUUGGGCUCAAUUUUAUUGAUCAUAUUGUUGGGAAUGUGCCAGACAGGGAAAUGGUUCCAGUAACUGAGUGGUAAUUCUUGUCAUUUAAACAGUUUUCUUUAGUGUACAAUUCAUUGAACUAAGUCGUUUAUUCUCACAUAGGUACACCAAGACACUACAAUUCCAUAGAUUUUGGUCUGUAGACGAUUCACAGGUUGGUAGCAAGUCAGGGACGACAUCGCAUGAAACGGCUUGAAAUUAAACUAACUUAUACUAAGUAACUUAAUUUAUAUUGGAUAUAGCUCUAUCAAUUCUAAACUUUUCUUCCAAGAGGUCCAGUAAGGAUCAUCUCUUAUUGAUCCAGUGUUGCCACAGGAGGAAACCUAAACUAAACUAACUUUAUUAACACUGGAUAGCUCUAUCAGUUCCAAACUUUUCUUCCUAGAGGUCCAGUAAAGAUUAAACUAACUUUAUUUACACUGGAUAACUCUAUUAGUUCUGAACUGUUCUCCCUAGAGGUCCAGUGAAGAUCAUCUCUUAUUGAUCCAGUGUCACUACAGGAGGAAACCUGAGUUAAACUAACUUUAUUUAUAUUGGAUAACUCUCAAAUCAGUUCUAAACUGCUCUCGCUGGAGGUCCAGUAAGGAUCGUCUAUUAUUGUCCAGCGUCCGUUCUAUAGGAGGAAACCAGAGUAUUUGCAGUGUUUCAUAGAGUCUAAUUGAGAUUUGAGAGCGAAUUCUUGCAUGCAACUAACAUGAAAUUGUAAUCAGACACUAACUGUAUAUAAAGAACCUGCUAAGUCUUACAACUCCUUCAAGACAAUAAUGAAAAAGUACUUCUCAGAUCUAAAUUUAAUAGAAUAACAUAUUCCUGUAAGUAUAGGAAAACUCUAAAUCAAAAAUUGAAUUGUAAAUAUAACUUACAAGUCAUAUCAUAUAAUAUUUAACUAUUCUUUUUCCUUUCUCCUAAAAGCACUCGAACUGAUGCUGCAUAUUAUUUUGUUAAUUAGUUUAAAUUUAUAACCUAGGGGCCUAAAACAAAAGCCAUAUGGUUUCUAGUAGGCUCCUAGCCCAUCUCUUGUAAAUAGUUUAUUUCUUUUAUGUGCAAUUUCAAUAUCUUGGGUGAAAAAAAAAAUAUUGCAUGAAUCAAACCCUGCUAGCUACUGGAGUACUGCACAAGCAACCCAUGAUGUCAUUUCUCUCAUCAGAUUCACACAGGUUACAGUGCUCUCAGGUCGACUGUGAUGGCAAACUACGAGGAAACGGUGAAAAUGCCGAUCAAUGAACCGGCUGCAGGCAAGAAGAAAAGUCAAAUCCAGGAAUAUGUUGAUUACUACGGCAGUGCUGGAGUUCAACAUAUUGCUCUGAAUACUGCAGACAUACUCACUACUGUAAGUUAAACACUGUUUAAUAAACGAGCUGGUGUGUUUUGUUAGGUUUUAAAACGACGCAUCUUAUUAUGAGUUCAUUGGCGAAGUAAUUUUAAAAAUCACUUCCCAAGCAAAAAGUUGCCCAAUACCGAGAAAAUGGGUGAUCAAUGAUUAUCCUCUAUUAAAUUGUAUUACAGCAAAAAUUGGGAAAUUUUAUAAUUCAAUUACAAUAAAAAUUACUUCCAUCAUCGGAAAACGUACAAAAAACCGCAUAUAAGACUUUUAAACAGUUUUUUGAUUUUUCAAAUAGUCUUUGAGUUAUUCCUGUUUUAAAUGUGAAAAUUGGACCAAAACGUCGCAAUAAGGAGUGGGUACUGGGUCAAAAACGCGUUCUUGACAGCGUAUAACUCGAAAAAAUUUUAGAUAUAAAAAAACUGUUUAAAUGUCUUAUAUGUAGGUUUUUGUAAGCUUUCUGAUGAUGCAAGUCAUUUUUGUUGUAAUUGAAUACAAAAUUUCACAUUUUAUUGCUGUAAUACAAUUUAAUAGAGGAUAAUCACUGAUCACCCAUUUUCUCGGUGUUGGGCAAGUUUUUUGCAUGGGAACUUUUUGUGGUAAUCAAGCAUCUAUGGUUCUAUGAAUUGAACCACAGAAAAUCUAUUUCCCAGGGGGGUGCCACGAAAUUGCUUUUCUAGGCACUUUUUCGCACAACUGCCCACAGCCGAGAAAAUCAAAGCUAAAGUCUAUGUAAAUGAGCAUAAUUUUUUUAGGGGUGCACCAGUGUGACCAGGUUUAGUACAUUUUAUUACCAGAUCCGGUUGGAUGCCCUUAGACAACCCCACCUGCUUUAAACAACUGCAACAUUAAGAACAGGAGGGGGCAGCCAACCAAUUUUAAGCAGCUUUAGUAAAAAAAUUUGCAUAUAUGGUCACACUGGGGUGCACCGGAACCAGUUUUUUAAGUUCGGCCGGAACCGGAUCCGACCGGAACUGGAAAAAAGUUCCGGCCGGAACUUCCGGCCAGAACCGGAACUAAUUUUUUUAGCCAUAUAUAGUCAUAUGUUACUUUGUCCGCUGCAAGACAGGCAGACACUUCAAGUCAUCAAGGAGAGAGCUCGCAAAUGUUAGAAUAAAAAGAUUGACAAGCGUUAAACGUCAUAAUGAAGUGUUAAUAGUGUACAUUUCCCUCGCGUAGUCCAAAUUUCUUCCUACUGUGACCUUUUGUUAGACACAAAAACGUUUGAUAUUCUAUCUCUCUGAAAACGACAGAGUUCCGGUUCCGACCAUGCUUUUUUUACUAGUUCCGGCCGGAACCGGAACUCUAAAAAAUCGGGGUUCCGGCCGGAACUAACCGGCCGGAACCGAGUUCCGGUGCACCCCUAAAUUUUUUAUCACAUAUAAAACUACCGACACGGCAGUGAUUUCCUUUCUCUUUUCCUCGUGAAUUAUUAAUGAGUUUUUAACUGGUUUUGCACAGUGGCGUAACUCCUAUGAGCUCUACCCGGUAAGAGCCGGGGGCACCCAGGCAAACAGGCUUCCAGGGGGGCACCUUGAACUGAGUUGUCCGGGGGCCUUGUUCAUCUAUAAGGUUGUACGUGCAUAAGUACAGUGGCAAACAUUUCACUGUUUAUUCAGUCAAAAACAAUUUCUGCAUGGUGUUAUUUCUGCAUAGUUGUGAUUUUUUGUUGUAUAUUUUGCUAUGUAUUUAUAUUUCCAAUUCAAGAUACCAUCAUAGUAAAAUUCGCUUCUAAACGCUUCAAAAGUAGCUUCAUGGUACUUCAAAAGGAUAUAUAGGAUACCCCUGCCUUGGGGCACCCAAUUCCGCUAGUACCAGGGGCGGGCUGGUCCUAACUUACGCCUCUGGUUUUGCAAAGCCCAUAUGACGCUCAACCUCGUUUGCGCUCGUUCCCAGUGUAUAGGAAAGAGCCUGGGGAUGAGGUUGUAUGUAACGCUAUGGACUGGCAUGGCUACCGGAUUGGAGCAACUCAGGGUCGUGUUAUACCUUUACCAGAGUUCAAGACCCACAAUUUGUAGAUUUGAUUGUUCUGAGCAGUGGUGGAUUUAGGGGUGCGGGGGGGCACCCCCAGGCUCUGGUCAACAGGGGUGCAUGGGGGGGGGGGUGCAAAAAUGACGUUUAUCCUAAUUCUAACCAACUUAUGUUAAGGAAUUCACUGGUUGGGUAUCACUAGUUGACAAUAGCGGAAUAGCCAAUAUUAAACUAUUCUGAAUUUUUAAAUGUUUUGAGAAUCUAAAAAUUUUCCAGAAUGUUUUCUCAGAAUGCUGGAAAUGCCAUUUCAGAGACCCAAAUUUAAAAAUUUUACCGGGGCAGUAUGCCCCCGGACCCCAUAGAAAUCUCGCGCCUUCGGCGCUCGUUUCGCCAUUGGUUAGCACCCCCCCCAAAAAAACAACAACUUAGCUGGAUCCACCACUGGUUCUGAGUUCUAUUUAUCCCUCGACCUACACUCCUACAAAUCAUUAAGAUGUGUUCGCACUGCUUAUUUCCAGUUAUUUGUUGUCAUGUUGAAAUAAGGUUGAUGAGACCAACAAACUAGCAACAAAUUGUUCCAACAACUUUGAUAUCGUCUGCAUGUAACAAGUUGUUAACAAGUUAAUGACAAUUGAAGCUCGUAGCAACUUGUUACGAACAGCCUGUAUUGGUCUUGUUGGAACAACUUGUAGCAAAUCUGUUACCGUCAUCAACCUUGUAACAAGGUGAUAACAACUUAUUAAUUUCAGACUUGUCACAACAACUGGGAACAAGCAGCGAAAACACAUCUUGAUAUCUGCUUCUCAACUUCAUUAAUAAUUCAUGAGUAAAUUAGCCAAUGAUAAUCACCUAUUUGAUCACAAGAUGCCAUUUGGAUACUUGAUGAAAGCAUAGUUAAAUUAAUAGAGGAGAUGGUUUGGAAACUCAUUAGCAUUACAAUAAACCUCACUAUCUAUGUUUUUGUUCAGGUUUAUGCAAAAAUGUGGUCUUUAUAUCGUCACGUGCGUAUUGUAUUUUUGCUCAACCAGCCAAUAGCAACGGUUUUGUCCAAUUGCCCAUCCAUGACUUUAACAAUAGGACAUUUUGAACAUUCCUAUUGGUUGACUUGAAAAAAAUACAAUACGCACGUGACGAUGAAAGACCACAUUUUUGCAUAAACCUGAACAACAUAGAUAAUGAGGUUUAUUGUGAUUUUAUUGUAAUGCUAACGAGUUUCCAAAUCAUCUCCUCUAUUAACUAUGAUGAAAGUCACUGGUGUUUCAAAAUUACUUGAAUAGAAUUCCUAUAAUUACGUUAUGUUUGGUUAAGAAUUCUAUUCAAAUCAGCAAACGAAAACAUUCUGUUACGUCUCGAUUCAUUUGAGAAGCCAUAUAAACAACUCGAGCUCGUGUCUCACCGAGAUAUCCAAACACUCGAAAACAAUGUAUGAAAACCGACUCGCGCUCGUGUUCUCAUACAUUGUUUUCUCGUGUUUGGAUAUUCCGGUGAAACACUCGCUCUCGUUGUUCAUACAUUACUUGACAACAACCUUGUUACAACUUGAUUUCAGAUCUGUGACAACUCGUGCGCUUUUUUUCGUGUGUAGAUACCAAAACUGAAAGAAAGAGGAAUGCAGUUUCUUACGAUUCCAAAAUCCUACUACGGAAUCUUGAAGGAACGUCUCAAAUCCUCGCGGACAAAGAUCAAAGAAUGUAUGGAGACGAUUGAGAAACUAAAUAUCUUGAUUGAUUUUGAUGAGAAUGGCUACCUGCUUCAAAUUUUCAGCAGGCCUCUCCAAGAUAGACCCACGUUAUUUUUGGAGGUUAUUCAAAGACAAAAUUUUCAGGUAUAUAAUGCAUGUUAUUUUGGGAAGGGAGGCCUGGUUUACACUAUAAACGUUUCUGUGAUCACAGUGCUCAGUAGGAAUUUUGCACGGGUAAAUUCUAAGUUUUGUAGGAUUUGUUAGAAAUGUUUGAGGGAACUCACAUGGUGUUUAACACAGGUGGUGGACUGGUGGUCAAAAUGUUGAAACUAGUUUAAACCUAGAGUGGAUCGAUAUACCGGAUAUAUCCGGUAUUUGUUUAGAUACCGGUAUUGGCGAUAUUGACAAUUUAAAAAUACCGAUAUGCCGACAUUUCGGUAUUUUGCUGCCUAAUACCGAAUUGAAACGCUAUUUCAAGUCAAACUUGCUUACAAUCACGUUUAGAAAGCAAAGUUAAUUAGAUUUACAUCACCUUGUAGUACUGAAUAAUUCAACACUUCGACGCCCAAUCAACGGCCUACUAAUAAUUGCCGCUUAGCGCCGUUAACAUAGCUUGAUAAUGCGAAUCUUGUGACUUUUGCACUAAUAACAGUAUGUGCCACAUUAAUAUUUUGUCAAAACUUGAUUUUUCUCGACGGUCAGCAGUUCAGUUUGGUUUUAAAAAAAACACGUUACAAUACCGGUAUUUACCGGUAUUCUGAUGGCGGUAUAUCGGUAUUCGGUAUUUGCGAUAUCGAUCCACUCUAUUUAAACCGAGGGGUAAAUUACUCUGAAAAUCUUCGUACACUUCAUCAAAAAUCCAAAACAAUCUUUGGAAAAAUCCCCAAAUCUUACUAAAUCCCAGAAUCCCAAAAUCCCAAGAAAUCUCUAAAAACUGCAUAAAAUACUUGGAAAAAGCCCAAUAAAAUCCUCAAAGUUAUUGCAAUAUUGAGAAAUCCCAUCAAAUUUAAACAUUUAAAUCAUGAAUUGGCGUGAAAAUGCCCUUUGUUGAUUUAUUUCGUUUUAAAAAUAAUUCGACGGAUUACUGUGUCGCAAAAAAUGUUGGAAAAAGUUCGGCGAAAAAAAAUAAGGGAAAAUAUUUCGAAAAAAUCAGCUGAAAAAAAUCCCAAAAUUCCUUAAAUUUGGGAAAAAAAUCCCAGAAUCCCGAGAAAAAUUGCCGGGAUUUUCUAAUCCCAAAAAUCCUCGUACGCUUUUUUCAGAGUAAUUUACCCCUCGGUUUAAACUCGAUGGAUCAUUCCGGCUACAGACUAAAUUUUGAUCUGGGCAAGAAGAACAAAAUCCAUCACCACAGCUAGAAAGAGCAUGUUAAAAUUAGUAACAUUGCAAAGUUUGGUUGCGAAAUGUUGUAAAAUGCGCAAGAUAUACCCCUGCGAAAUUUGCAAAUUAAUUUUGUAUUAAUUUGUAUUACGCACGGGAAAAUGCACCACAUUUGGGCCGAAAUGUUUACAACAUUUCGCAACCAAACUUUGCAAUUUUACUAAUUUCAUGAUGCUCUUUGUAGCUGUGGUGAUGGAUUUUGUUCUUCAGUGCCUAGAUCAAAAUUCAGUCUACAGCUGGAAUUGCCUAUUCACUACAUUUCUCAAUUCUAUUUUAAUAUUUGCCACGAAAUACAAAACUACUACAUAGAUUGAAACGAAUGAACAUUAUUUUCUCACUCUGAUAACUGCAGGUUGACCACCGUCUGCUGCACGAUAGUGCUUAGUGAAAUUAGGGAUUUUAAAAAUGAAAAUUAAAGCCCAGCAAAUGACUUUCAGACAAGACAUAACAAAAUAUAAAAUUUAUUGGCUAACGUUUCGUUGUAUUGUUCACAACAUCUUCAGAGCAAUUAAACUUAUUUACAAGCGUGUAUUAUAUAUAUACAAAUAGUUUCAAACGGUUACAGUAUUCAAAUAAGCGAAUAAGAGGAAGGAUGAAAAACAACCUGUCAUUAAAAGCAAUAGUAUUAGUAAAUUAAAGAAAUAAUGGUUAGGGACGGACCAUUAGAAAAGUGAUGGGGAGGGUGGGGAAAAAAACAGAAAAAAAAUCCAUGCAAACAAAAAAGGUUUGAAAAAAAAUACAUGCAAACAGACUUGUUUAAAAAAAAAAUUACAAACAGAACAACAAUAGAACUUUAAUUUUAAAUGUACAUCAGACAAAAUUGAACUAAAUCUUUGGAAUAUUUCAGAAUAUAAAUAUCAAAAUAUAUAAUAUAUUAAUAUGCAAUUUCUUUCAAUAUUAACAGUAACUCUUAUGUAGUUUUAUUAUAUACUAUCAAAAUAUUUUCUAUUGUAUUUAAUAAUUAAUUCUCAUUCACACUGCCACUGUCCUCAGUGGCGUAACUACUAUGGGCUCGGACUGGGAGAAUCCGGGGGCCACCAACCCCAAUGGGCCCGCAAAUGGGGGCCCCAGGCUCAGGCUAUAGAGCAAAAACAUUGGCCAAGGGCCUCUGAUAUGUUACAAUGGCGUUUUCUGACCAUCGGAAUUCUGUAAAAUCUCUCCCCAAAGUCCGGGAAAUGGUAUUUCAGAGAAUUUAGAUUCAAAAAUUUUCCGGGUGAGCAUGCUCUGGAUCCCUAGAAAACUUGUCCAUAUAUGGUGCUUAAAGAUAUAAUUUUGCAGUGUGUAUUAAAGGGAUAUUUUUUGUCAAGAAAACAGUUUCGUUGUAUUGGAAAAAAAAUUGCAUGCGAGAAGACAUAUUUAAAAAAAACAUGCAUACACAGCUGACAACCUGGAAAAAAAAUGCAAACAAAAAAAAUUUACCCCCCCCCCCCCAUCACUUUUCUAAUGGUCCGUCCCUUAGUAAUUAGAGACCUAGCAAAGCAUUAGAAAAGGUCAAGAGGAGUUGACCUAAUGUUAGCAUUUAAAGUGGGAUUAAGCUUGGAUAUGAAAAGGCUUUCGCGAAUGAGUAAAUCUGCUUCAGAACUAGCAGUGGAAAGGAUUUUAAAAUCAGAGGGUGAAAUUUGAUGUUUAGUGGUAUGGAUAUGAGGGAGUAUGCCUGACAUGGUUGAAACAGAACGUUUCUUUCCAGUCAAAGGUGAAACACCCAUGUGUUCAGAGAUACGCGUGUGUAUGUGUCGGCGAGUUUGACCAACAUACAAUGUACUACAGCAUUGACACUUAUACAAAUACACCACAUGUGAUUUCAGUUCACCAGGAAUUUUGUCCUUAAAUGGAAAGAAAUUGGAAAGACGGAAAGAAGGACGAAAGACGACACGUAAAGAAAUGUGUGGAUAGGCAGAAGAAAGAAAUUUCUGAAGUUGUGAUCGAAUUUGCAAACCAUGAUGACCAGUGAAAGGAAGACAAAAAUAUAUAACCUUUUUCGAGCAAGUAUGAACUUUAUCACGAGAAUUAUACAUUUUAUCAAGAAAUGAUUUGAUACAACUAUCCACAAGUGUUGCAGGAUAACCAUUAAGAGUGAAGGUUUUCUUGAAUUUUUCCAUUUCCGAAUGGAAAAAUACAUAAGAAGAGCAAAUGUUGAAAUAACGAGAGAUAAGUGAGAAAAGUAAACCUUUUUUGUACAGCAUUGGAAUAAAACUGUCAAAAUUGGUAAACAAUCCCGUGGAAGUAGAUUUAUGAUGAACCGUGGUAGCGAAAGAACCGUUAGAACGAAUGACUUUGACGUCUAGAAAAGGAAGGCACGAAUUACUUUCAAGCUCAUGAGUAAAUUGAAUGUUGGGGUGUUUCGAGUUGAGAUAGGAAAGGAAAGGAGUAACAUGGUCGCGUGAUUUGAAAAUAAGAAAACAAUCAUCAACAUACCGACGGUAGAAUAUAGGCUUAAAAACAGAAGGGCAGUCAGCUAACCAGGAUUUUUCAUGAAAAGAUAGGAAUAUGUUAGCAAACAAUGGGCCUAAGGGUGAACCCAUUGCUACACCAUCAACCUGCUUGUAUAGAACACCGUCAAAUAAAAAAUAGCAAUUUUUCACAGAAAGAUUUAAGAGUUCUCUAAAUUGAUCGCGAGAGAUGGCAUGAUAGUGUGUGGCACUAGCAAAGCAUUUAUUAAUGAUUAUAUCAAUAGUUUCAUCUAAUGGUAUGUUAGUAAAGAGAGACUUAACGUCAAAACUGGCCAUUAUGACAUCAUUAGUAUUAAUUUUUAACUCGCGUAAUUCCUUAACAAAUGUAAAGGUGUCAUUAAUUGUAAAAGUGUUAGUAGAGAAGGGACGGAGAAGAGAACUCUUAAAUCUUUCUAGAGAACUUUCUAGAGAAUUUUUUAGAGAACUCUUAAAUCUUUCUGUGAAAAAUUGCCAUUUUUUAUUUGACGGUGUUCUAUACAAGCAGGUUGAUGGUGUAGCAAUGGGUUCACCCUUAGGCCCAUUGUUUGCUAACAUAUUCCUAUCUUUUCAUGAAAAAUCCUGGUUAGCUGACUGCCCUUCUGUUUUUAAGCCUAUAUUCUACCGUCGGUAUGUUGAUGAUUGUUUUCUUAUUUUCACAUCACGCGACCAUGUUACUCCUUUCCUUUCCUAUCUCAACUCAAAACACCCCAACAUUCAAUUUACUCAUGAGCUUGAAAGUAAUUCGUGCCUUCCUUUUCUAGACGUCAAAGUCAUUCGUUCUAACGGUUCUUUCGCUACCACGGUUCAUCAUAAAUCUACUUCCACGGGAUUGUUUACCAAUUUUGACAGUUUUAUUCCAAUGCUGUACAAAAAAGGUUUACUUUUCUCACUUAUCUCUCGUUAUUUCAACAUUUGCUCUUCUUAUGUAUUUUUCCAUUCGGAAAUGGAAAAAUUCAAGAAAACCUUCACUCUUAAUGGUUAUCCUGCAACACUUGUGGAUAGUUGUAUCAAAUCAUUUCUUGAUAAAAUGUAUAAUUCUCGUGAUAAAGUUCAUACUUGCUCGAAAAAGGUUAUAUAUUUUUGUCUUCCUUUCACUGGUCAUCAUGGUUUGCAAAUUCGAUCACAACUUCAGAAAUUUCUUUCUUCUGCCUAUCCACACAUUUCUUUACGCGUCGUCUUUCGUCCUUCUUUCCGUCUUUCCAAUUUCUUUCCAUUUAAGGACAAAAUUCCCGGUGAACUGAGAUCACAUGUGGUGUAUUUGUAUAAGUGUCAAUGCUGUAGUGCAUUGUAUGUUGGUCAAACUCGCCGACACAUACACACGCGUAUCUCUGAACACAUGGGUGUUUCACCUUUGACUGGAAAGAAACGUUCUGUUUCAACCAUGUCAGGCAUACUCGCUCAUAUCCAUACCACUAAACAUCAAAUUUCACCCUCUGAUUUUAAAAUCCUUUCCACUGCUAGUUCUGAAGCAGAUUUACUCAUUCGCGAAAGCCUUUUCAUAUCCAAGCUUAAUCCCACUUUAAAUGCUAACAUUAGGUCAACUCCUCUUGACCUUUUCUAAUGCUUUGCUAGGUCUCUAAUUACUAACCAUUAUUUCUUUAAUUUACUAAUACUAUUGCUUUUAAUGACAGGUUGUUUUUCAUCUUUCCUCUUAUUCGCUUAUUUGAAUACUGUAACCGUUUGAAACUAUUUGUAUAUAUAUAAUACACGCUUGUAAAUAAGUUUAAUUGCUCUGAAGAUGUUGUGAACAAUACAACGAAACGUUAGCCAAUAAAUUUUAUAUUUUGUUAUGUCUUGUCUGAAAGUCAUUUGCUGGGCUUUAAUUUUCAUUUUUAAAUUACGCUUUUCACCCGGUGUAUCAAUCGCUACUGUUUUAAAAUUAAGGAGUGUUCAUUAUUUAUACUCGGGGUUGGUACCGAAGAGAAACCAAUCGAAAAGAGAAAAAACAACCACCCACCCUUUCGAUCAACCAUUUUUCUCCCUACCCAACUAUUGCAUGACUUGGAUUUUUAUUUUACCCAACCCAAUUUCAAAAUUAUACAAGUAUUUUACAUAUAUACAUAUAUAUAUUAUUAUACAAGCUAGGCCACUAUAGUAUAAACAGUACUGUGCAUAUUUGAAUGUCAAAUAUAAUCAUUAACUGAAUGUCAAAUAUAAUCAUUUGUACCUUCACAAGUUCAUAUUAUGUUCACACGCCUACAAGUUCCUGCAGUCCUACCAUAUCUCGUUGUUGUAAUCAGAGGGGAUGGGGAGUUGGAGUUUAGUUUUCUUUGUGGGGAAUGAAUGGAUAUUUCCUGGAAUGACCCAUUUUGUUAAAUAAAGGAUUUUCAUAUUUUGUUCAAUUGAAGGUUUGUAUUGAAAAUAAUUUACCCAACCAUAGGCUUUGUUCAAAAAAUAUUUACCCAACCCAUUUCUCUUCGGUAUCAACCCCGGGUAUAAUUAAUGAACACUCCCUUAUGGGUGAAGCACACUUAUACAGGCAGCGCAAUUGAAUAAUUUUAUCUUUACUUUUUCUCAGGGAUUUGGGGCUGGCAACUUCAAAAGUCUUUUUGAGGCAAUUGAGAAGGAACAGGGUGACCGCGGGAACUUAUAACGAGGUGAUAGCCAGGGCAGAACGAAAAUAAGUUAAAAUAUUUAUCUAGCGAAACUGCCGGAAUUUUAAUAUACCAUUAAAAGGUCACGUAUUAUUUAAGCUUUGGAGAUGAUAGUAUGCUUGGUAGGUUAAGAAAUUAACUUUAAAAUUAUGCGCGAAUUAAAUCGAAACCUUGACAUUCCCCCGGGGCAUACUUGGGGAAUUUGCUUGUUUACUAUUUUAAGCAGGCGGGAAUUUGACCUUUUUUUCUAGUGGAAGGUGGGGAAUUUGUUAAGGGGGUCUGGAAUUUGAAUUUUUCUGUUAUAACAUGUGUGCCUACGAGGCUGCACGUGUAUUUAACUUUGUCCUUGGUUGGCUACAAGAAAAUGGCUUUGAACGAUUGAAGAGAGUUUUUGAAGGAAAGAAAAGCUUUGUAAUUCCAAAAUUCCGAAAUGCUGUAGCUUCCAAUUCGUACAUGGGGUGGGGUAUUUGAACUCCAAUUUCUCCCAAUACGUGGUGUAUUUGAACGGGAAUUACAAAUAUAUGUAGGGAAUUUGACCUAACCAAAACGUCAAAAGCCAAAUUCCGGGGGGGAUGUCAAGGUUUCGAUUUGAUUCGCGCAUUAAUGGGAUCAUUUGAAAUAUUAAUAAAAUAAAAUUUAUGUCCAAUAUAAGCAA